CCACUCUUCUCCGCUGAGUUGCCAAGAUGUCGCUUUCAAAUAAGCUUACUCUGGACAAACUGGACGUGAAAGGGAAACGGGUGAUCAUGAGAGUGGAUUUUAAUGUUCCUAUGAAGAACAACCAGAUAACAAACAACCAGAGGAUCAAAGCUGCCAUCCCAAGUAUCAAAUUCUGUUUGGACAAUGGAGCCAAGUCAGUCGUUCUUAUGAGCCAUCUGGGCCGGCCUGAUGGUGUCCCCAUGCCUGACAAGUACUCCUUAAAGCCAGUUGCUGUAGAACUCAAAACUUUGCUGGGCAAGGAUGUUCUGUUCUUGAAUGACUGCGUGGGUCCAGAAGUGGAGAAAGCCUGUGCUGACCCAGCUGCUGGUUCUGUCAUCCUGCUGGAGAACCUCCGUUUUCAUGUGGAGGAAGAAGGGAAGGGAAAAGAUGCUUCUGGAAAUAAGGUUAAAGCUGUGCCAGCCAAAACAGAAGCCUUCCAGGCUUCACUUUCCAAGCUAGGGGAUGUCUAUGUCAAUGAUGCUUUUGGCACUGCUCACCGAGCCCACAGUUCCAUGGUGGGAGUGAAUCUGCCACAGAAGGCUGGUGGUUUCUUGAUGAAGAAGGAGCUGAAUUACUUUGCCAAGGCCUUGGAGAACCCAGAGCGACCCUUCCUGGCCAUCUUGGGCGGAGCUAAAGUUGCAGACAAAAUCCAACUGAUCAAUAAUAUGCUGGACAAAGUCAAUGAGAUGAUUAUUGGUGGUGGAAUGGCUUUUACCUUCCUUAAAGUGCUCAAUAACAUGGAGAUUGGCACUUCUCUGUUUGAUGAAGAGGGAGCCAAGAUUGUCAAAGACCUAAUGUCCAAAGCUGAGAAGAAUGGUGUGAAGAUUACUUUGCCUGUUGACUUUGUCACUGCUGACAAGUUUGAUGAGAAUGCCAAGACUGGCCAAGCCACCAUAGCCUCUGGCAUACCUGCUGGCUGGAUGGGCUUGGACUGUGGUCCUGAGAGCAGCAAGAAGUAUGCUGAGGCUGUCGCACGGGCUAAGCAGAUUGUGUGGAAUGGACCUGUGGGGGUAUUUGAAUGGGAAGCUUUUGCCCGGGGAACCAAAGCCCUCAUGGAUGAGGUGGUAAAAGCCACUUCCAGGGGCUGCAUCACCAUCAUAGGUGGUGGAGACACUGCCACUUGCUGUGCCAAAUGGAACACAGAGGAUAAAGUCAGCCAUGUGAGCACUGGGGGUGGUGCUAGUCUGGAGCUCCUGGAAGGUAAAGUCCUUCCUGGGGUGGAUGCUCUCAGCAGUAUAUAGUGUUUUUCUGCACUUUGGUUCCUGUGCACAGUCCUAAAUCAACUUAGUGCUUUCCCCCUUAUCUCCACUUGGCAUGAGCUGAAAUCUUUCCCCAUGUCAAGAUUCAACUAGUGGCCAAGAGAUGAAGCACCAGGAAUCCUUAAACAGCUGAUCUUUAUUGCACCUUGGAUCUUCCUACAUUCUUCAAGAUCCCAUUUGAAUUUCUUAGUGGCUAACCUGUUGUGCUUUCUAGAGUGUGUAUAUUUAUAUUUUGCCUGUUAAAAGAAAGUGAGCUGUGUUAGCUUAGUUAUCUUUUUUGAGUAGCUUACUCUGAUUAGCUUCUUCAUUGUUUCAUUAUUGUCAUGGAAAGAUGAAAUUCUAGUUUUAGGUAGGUACGGGGACAAAGUUGAUGAUCUAUCAAGUAAACAAUAAAAUUGUUCAUU